UGAUUGCAAGGAAAACAAAGGAAUUUAUACUUCUCUUCACCUAGAACACCUGUUCAAUAUCAAUGAAUUUCUAAAUAUUAGUAUGUAUACAGAAGAUGUAGCACUUAAAAUUGAACAUAUUCAGAUAAACCUCAGCAAAAUCAUUCUGCUGGAUGAAAUUGGGAAAGAGAAUCUUCUGAAUUUCAGCUCUUCAGGAAUAGAAGGGAUAAACUUUGCAGCAUAUUUGACGGAGAUUAAUAAAAGUGUUACCAAGGUUGAUCUUCUGUCAUUUGCUAAUGACUUAGAAGCAAGAGCAGACCAGCUGCCAAAAGGAGCACUGGAAAAUGCCUUAAAAGGACAUGCGAACAACAUUCGAAUGGUUCAUAACCAGCAAGUCGUUCCACUAGAGCAAGCAAUGAGCACUUUAAAUCAGAGCAUUAGGUUACUGAAGAGGACAUCAUCUGAACUCACGGUUAAGGUGAAAAAUGUCAUUAGUGCUGUUAAUGCUGCCCAGCUUCUCAUAAAUAACAAUGCUUCUCUAGUUAUUGUGCAGGAGACAAAAAAGUACAUGGAUACCGUAGUUGGCUACUUUGAGCAAUACAUUGAGUGGGUCAAGGAGUCGAUUGCCACAGAGGUAGCAGCAUGCAAGCCUAUUGCCAAUGUGAUAGAUACAGCAGUAGAUAUUUUUUUAUGCAGCUAUAUAACUGAUUCUGUGAAUACCUUCUGGUUUGGUUUGGGAGGCUCUUCAAUAUUUUUAAUUCCUGCCAUAAUUUUUGCUGUAAAACUUUCCAAAUACUAUCGUAGAAUGGAUACAGAGGAUGUAUAUGACGAUACAGAAAAUGGUAAUAAUGGUUAUCAUAAAGAGCAUUUAUGUGGUAUACACAAUCCUGUUUUUACAAGCUCUGUGGAACAGUGGUAACACAUACCGGAAUCAUUGAGGGGCUAUAUAAAUGAGACUCAAGAUUCUUCUAAGGGAAUAUAUCAUUAUUGUUCAAAGUGUGUUGGCAUUUGCAUUCAUCUUCCACAUCCUGAGCCACUUGUUUUAUGUCACCCAUACUGUAAAUCCCAAAUGUACUCUUGAAUGUUAUGCCAUGAACUACUGUACAGAAUAUUUUGCAGUCAGGGCGCUGCCUCUCAAAUACCACUGUUCAAGGCUUGAAUUAAGAUGUUUUCUGUUUUUUACUUUUUUUACACUGGGCUUUCUACCUUACAUGACAGUAUAUAAAUUAAUUAGAUUAACAGCCUUUGCAUAGCAAUCCUCUGACAAUUGGUUAUUAUCUUAAAUUGUUGAUUUGUGUUAAAUACAGUACAUACACGUUUACAUAAAAAUACAUUUUGUAUACAGCGACUUUUGUAUAUACAUUUUCCUUAAAACUUAUAAGUGUCUAGCUAAGAUUGUAAUAUUGUAUAACUCUUCACAAAUUAAUUUACCAGCAUGAUCAGUGUUGCUGUUUGGUGCUCUUGAAUGACCACUUUGGACUAAAUUUGAAGUGUAAUGGGAUCCACAGUGUCUCCUUGUGUCUCUAAAAAGUUCAGUUGCAGUUUUGUUUUCUCCCUCUUUUUUUAAUAUGUAGUGGGUUUUGCAGUAUAGACCUAAAAGGGACUUUACUGAGAAGUUUGUUUUGAAACUCUUUAGGUGGGAGGGUUGGGAUUGUGUGUGUUGCAUAGUAUAGUGAAAAAGCUAAGCUUUCUAGAGUUCAUUAGUACUCAAAAAGAGCAUGAGAGAUGUCAUAUGUUGGUGAUUUUUAGAAUGCUUUACAUUCUCUGUCUCCUUUUUCCAAAUUCACACUCACUUCUGUAAUGUCCUUAAUAGUAUCACUGUUAAGCUGUGGCUCUUUCAGGGGGCAGUGAUAUUAUUUUUGCUAAAUGAUUUCAAAAUAUGAUUUCCAGUAUUGAAAUUCAAAUGUUUUUAGCAAUUGGAGUUAACGUGUGUACUGUUAGAAUUGCUGCCUUGAGUUUAGGCAUACAGCUGCAUUGCUGAAUUAGUUAACAGCAGAAUUCAUCGACAAGGCCAAAAGUAUCUUUUACUGGUGUAAAACAUUUCAGCAGGUGAAGUAAUUGGGUAUAUUGGUCUAAAAUAGUGUCUCUUCAUGUAUCAGUAUUGUUAAUGUUGUUUCCAACAAGGUUUCUUGCCUCCAAGUAGGGAUAAUUCUGUAAAUCAUUCAUAUAAUUUUAAAGAAUUGCUGAAAAGUUAUAUCAGUCUUUAAUCUGGAAAAUCCUUAAAUUUUUCAUUUUUAGGUCAUAAAUGGAAACAUUUCUAAAUUGACAGUAUGUAGCAUAUGUGUAUAUGUAAUGUUCAGAACUGCAGAUUUUUAAAAGUUUCUAUUUUUAAUUUGAGAAAAUGUUUCCAGUUCAUUUAAAUAAAAAAGAACUUGCUUAACUA